GGGCGCAGAUCAGAAUCAGACUGUGACAUUUUCGGACACAAGACGAGCAGUUCCUCCAGCACAGCCUUUGCUCUUUCUGAGGACGAAACGGACUCUAACGCCUUAUCUCUGGACAGAAUGUGAUUACUGCGCUGGUCUUCCGUAUUCAGUCCGGAUCACUCGUGGAGAUUAUUUUUCUGACCAUGGAUCCUCCGUCUCUCUCGGGAAGCGCUAACUACUCCGUGAGCGACCACCCUCUGUGCUCAGAGUGGCAGGAAGCCCCUGAGGGCGCCGUAUUCCACCUGGCGCACAUCCUGCUGGUGCUGGGCUUCAUGGGCGGCAGUGGUUUUUACGGUCUGCUCUACAUGUUCAGUUUCCUGGCGCUGGGCUUCCUGUGCUGCUCUCUGCACGCCUGGUCGGAGCCGUGCGCCCCGGACGCCUCCGCGUGGCCCUGCGCGCUCUCCGUGCUGUGCGUGGCGCAGGCGCUGCACGUGGCGCACCGCGCGCGCAGCGUGGCUUUCGGCGGAGAGCUGCAGGAGCUGUACGCGCGCAUGUUCAGGAAGCUGGGGGUCUCCCUCACACACUACGGAGAGAUAGUGGCGUGCUGCGAGGGUCAGAUCCAAACCAUGGAGAAAGACCACUUCUUCGCCAUCGAGGGCAAAACUCCCAUCGAUAAACUGUCUGUGCUCCUGUCAGGCAGAGUGCGGGUGUCAGUGAACGGGGAGUUUCUACACUACAUCCACCCCUUCCAGUUCCUGGAUUCUCCAGAGUGGGAUUCCCUCAGACCCUCAGAGGAGGGAGUGUUUCAGGUGACGCUGAGAGCGGACAGUCGGUGUAGGUAUGUGACGUGGAGGCGUAAGAAGUUGUAUCUGCUCUUUGCUCAGCAUCGCUACAUCGCACGGAUCUUUGCACUGCUGGUGCGCAACGACAUCGCGGACAAGCUUUUCUCUCUGAACACAGCGGCGCUGGACGGGCGAGGCUUCAGAUACGAUCUCCGCUUACCCAGCUUCUGCCACGGGCCACAUUUAGAAAGGACAGGUGCUGUUCCCCCUCCGCGCCCGAGCAGGAACAGGAACAAGAGUGUCAUCACCAAGCCAGUGGACAGCAAGUCUUAAAAAGCCUGGUACUUUGGUACUUAAUGGUCCUUAUUUACUUAAAUUGUGUUUUCAUAUUGUUAUUUCAAGGUGUUAAAUGUUCAAUUCGUUUAUUCUGAUCCAACAAACAUGAACAGUUUUUUGGACUCAUUUCCAGGGUGAAAUAAAUUUGUCUAAAGUUGUCAUUAUGCACAUUGUCUUAGUACCUGUUAAAGAUAAAUGUCUAUAUUUGUGUAGCUCCUGCCCUUACAGAUCUGUUACAUCCCAAAUAAACGUGCUUUUGUAGUCUUUUA